AGAUCUAUGCCCUGAGCAAGGCGCUGAAGAAGAAGGUUUACUUGUACUACUACCACGGGGAGCGACUCGACUCUAAGGGGAGCCACCUGCCUGCUGAAGUUUUCAACCCCAAGGCGUCGGGGAAGGAGAUCAAUCUCUUGCAUUCGGUUGGUGGUCGACAUUAUUCGGCUCUUAUCCGCAAGGACUUGCUGAAGAAAGAAACACUCAAGGAAAUCUCUAUGGAUUGGGAGCUCCGGCUCCCCAACGGCUGUGUUGGGGUGGGGAUGGGUCUCAAGGUCGCAUUCUACGGGGAUAUGGCCAAAGCGGAGGCAAUGAAAGGAGGAGGGGGAGGAGGAGGAGGAGCAGGGGGAGGAUCGUUCAGAAAAGAUGUAGGGGGGAAGGAGGGGCAGGAGAAGAGGUACAAAUGCCAGGUAGUUGAAGUCUACAAGGGAGGAGGGUCAGCGCAGCAGCACAUAGCCAAGAAUGAUCUCCUUCUCUCAAUCGAUGGCCAGUCUACCUUUGGCAUGAAGAUGUCUGAAGUCCAGUCCCUGCUCUCGGGUGCACCGGGCUCAACAGUACAGCUGGAGUUGGAGAGACCAAAGAAAGGAAGGUAUUCGUGCAAAGUCGAGAGAGUCGCUCUG